GACUGUGAUUUUUGUUUUCUAUUAUUUUGACGUUUUAUCGUUUGCAUAGUGAGAGACCAAUUUUUCAUAGUGUUAGUGAUGUGUUUUUCUUAAUGGAUUCUGGAAACGUUAUGUUCGUUCUUCCAAAACUGAUAAUCAACAAUGCUCUGUAAGAAUUGUAGCAUUUGGACCGGCUUUUAUUGUUAUAAGUGUGAUUGUUAACUAGAACAGGCAUCUUUCCUAGAAGACAAUGGGUAGAAUACAACUGAUCAUAUAACUACGUUUCCGGUGGCGAUGGACAGCCUGCACCUGACGACGCAACAGGCGUCGGCCAACAGCAAGGCGUCGUCGCGGAGUGCGUCACCAUGUCGUCCAAGAGAGGCUCAUCACUCGCACCACAAAUCGCUAAGCCAUGGCUCCGCGGACAGCACCAAGGUGAGUUUUAUUUCCAGUCAGAUGACGCUAGACUAGCCUCGCAAUCGUACAAGAUCGGAAGGCACAAAUCGCCGACGACCAGCAAGAACGAGAUGAACGACUCGUCGGCCCACCUGCACCACCUGGACGACUCCGGACCCAUCGGCGGAGAGGACGCGACGGACCUCGGCGGAUGCCCGUCGUACAUCUCCAACGGCAGCUCGGAACAGAUGAAGCAGGACGAUGACGGCGAUUACGCGAUGGACGCCAGGACGUCGGCGUUGCUCGAACAGCUGGGCACCAAGAUCGUUAAGACGCGGGACCUGAUGAAGAUGGAACAGAAACUUAGGGAUGAUAACGUAAAUGAAUAUCUAGAUUUGUCAGCCAAGACAGAAGAUAGAUUUCAAUUACAGAGGAUCAAAGCCGUCUUCGAGAAGAAGAACCAAAAGAGUGCCCAGGCAAUUUCCCAGCUACAAAAAAAAUUAGACAAUUAUCAGAAACGGGUAAUGGAACUGGAGAGACAUGGUCAGCUGCAGAGCCACAGGCAACCUAGGGAAGUGCUAAGGGAUAUGGGACAAGGACUGAAGAAUGUUGGCGGAAAUAUAAGAGAUGGAAUAACUGGUUUCAGUGGAUCUGUCAUGUCGAAACCUAGGGAAUUUGCACAUCUAAUCAAGAAUAAGUUUGGAAGUGCAGACAAUAUUAGUCAAAUUUCAAAAUGGUACGUAGGAACUGGAGCGAUCGGCGGUUCGGAAGGGAGCGGCGCCAACGGGGGCAGCGGCAGCGACCAGGGCGAGAAGAACCACCACGGGUCGGCGACGUUGCCGGCCGUGCUACAUCCGGCCACGUCGCAGUCCUCCAUGAGCCAGGAGGCCGGACAGAGGCACCAGCCCAAGUUCCCGAGCGACGAGGGCAGCGAGUGCAGCAGCGUGACUAGUGAUAGUAUAGGAAGGUAUGGAAGAACUGAAAGUAGUCAUAAGGACCCACAUACUCUCUAUAAAAAAUUACAAGAAGAAAUCGAAUCUCUCAAAGAGAAAAUCGAAGGAACAAAGAGUUUAAAGGAAGAAAUGUUUUCAGUGUGUUCACAGUUACAGGAAGAGAGAUUCAGGAGCGAAAGACUGGAAGAACAAAUCAAUGACCUGACUGAACUGCACCAAAAUGAGAUUGAAAAUUUGAAGCAGGCGAUGGCGGACAUGGAGGAGAAGGUCCAGUACCAGAGCGAGGAACGUCUCAGGGAUAUACACGACAUCCUUGAACAGUGUCAGACCAAAAUCCAGAAAAUGGAGCACCAAGCCGCCCAGCAACAACAAUACGUCUCACUCGAGGUUUUGGACAACUCGAAUGCCAGAGUGUUGGUCGUCAAACUCAUCAAUGUUUUGCUCACUAUUUUACAAGUACUAUUGCUUUUAGUCGCAACAGGAGCUGGGAUUAUAAUGCCUUUUCUUAGGACGCGGUUAAGGAUUAUUUCAACUGUAGUUCUUCUAUUUUUUGGACUCUUUAUGUGGAAGCAAUGGCCAGAAGUGCAAGACAUAGGUUCACAUAUGAUGGGCCAUUUGAAAGACUUUGUGGACCCCGUGAAAUAGCACUUGUUAAUCAAGGGUUGUCUGUUAAUAGUGUAUAAGUUAAUAUGUAAGCGAAGUGAAGAGGAUGAAGAAUUGUGUAAAUCAAUUUCAUUUUGAUAGUAUUUAUGUAAAGUGGCAGCAUCAGUAUUUAGGAGCAAAAUAAAUCAAGAACAAUGA